AUGUUGGGACUCCUCAGACGUCAAGGAUUGAAACUCCAGGUCUCAACUUCUAGGGGUUUGGCUACUGCUUCUUACAGUACCAAAGCUCCAAAGCAAGAGAACAAACCUGACGUUUCACUGGAAGCUAGUUCACCAUUUUUGAAUGAUAUUUUGGCUAAAAUUGCCAGAAUUGAUAAGACAAUUGCUGCUAAGAAGGCCGAGUUGCAGCAGACUUCUGUCAAAGGGAAGCAGCAGAAUAGAAGGAAGCCAACUAAUGGUGAUUCGAAUCAACAAACAAAAGCCCCACAUAAUAGAAAACAAGAUGGAUUGAAGCCAAAACACCAAGAAACUUCUAAGCCCAAGUCUAAGCAAGAGCCAUCCAAAAUUCCAUCCAAACCAGCCAACAUAAAGGUUGCUGAUCACCCAUUGUUUGCAAACAAGUUCAGAGCAAGAGAUCAAAGCGAAAGAGCAGCAAAAGGUGACGAAGGGUUCAAGCCAAGAGGUCAAAGAAGAACAAGGGGACAACAAUCCUAUCAAAGAUCAAACCAAACACAACAACAAUCAGGUGAAUCAAGGGGUCCUCGUCAACAAAGAUCCAGAAGACAACGUGAUAGAGCACCUAACUCCAACAACACCUCGUCAUCAUUUGAGAAGAAAGUGGCUACUAAACAAUUAAAGGCAUCCACCUACGUUCCUACCAUUGAUGGUUCUACUUUCUUCUACGGUAAAGUACCUUCAGUUAACAUUAGUACUCUGAGUAGAGUUGCAUCUGUGAAUAAGUUGGCUUUACUUAAACUGAACUACCCUUAUUUGUUACCUCGUUCGAUUAUCAACAACUUACCCAAAAGAGCACCUAGAUUCAUUGCUUCUCAGAGCUCCUUUACCACCAACAUUGACCCUGAAUUUAUUGCUGAUAAGGUGCGCUCUGUAGUUAAGGGAGAAGCUCAAUUAUUGCCUAAUACCAUGCAAGGGAAGGUGUGGGAUGAAUCUAGUGCCAAAUCGACUAUUGUGGAAUUGAACAAGAAUGUUACUCUUUCCUACGCUGACAAAAGACGCAUGUAUGAGAUUACUACUGGUAUUAAGAACACAAAGGAGCUAUUCCCUACUGCUAUAUGGAAUAAAUAA